GACUCGUUAAUUCUCAUAUCUGCCACACGGUGGGGACUGAAGGAGACUCCCCCACUGCUGAGCUUCAGUCUGCAGACUCGCUGCUGCUGCCGCUGCUGCUGCUGCUGCUUUGUUGUUCCCGUCGAGCAGGAGGUCACUCAGUCCGACCAGCAGUCCACUCAGAGCGCACAGGAGCCGCACAGCUCUCCGCAAACACCGUCCAACUCUCCUCCGCAGUUCAGCGCAAAAACAGAUCCGGCACCAUGGGGAAAGGCUGCAUGACAGCGACCAAGUACUUCCUGUUCCUCUUCAACCUUAUCUUCUUUCUGUUCGGGGGCGUCAUCAUGGGCUUCGGACUGUGGCUCCUCCUGGACAAUCAGAGUUUCAUAGUCGUCCUGAAUAACUCUACAGCUGUAAAGGUCGCUUGCUACAUCCUGAUUGGAGUCGGAGCUUUCUCCAUGCUCAUGGGCUUCCUCGGCUGCUUGGGGGCCAUUUAUGAGAUCCGCUGUCUGCUCGGCCUGUACUUCACCUGCCUCCUGCUGAUCCUCCUCGCUCAGAUCACAGCCGGCACUCUCAUCUACUUCCAGAAGGCGUUGUUAAAUGAUGAGAUGUCCAAGAUCGUCACCAAAGUGCUGGACAAGUAUCCAGGAAACAACUCCACCACAGAGCAGGCCUGGGACUUCAUCCAGAGGAAUAUGGAGUGCUGCGGCUGGAACGGUCAUCUGGACUGGAACGGGAACAUGGUUAUCAUCAACAGCUCUCAGCUGCUGUUUCCCUGCUCCUGCCAGAACAUCUCCGUCACCACCGGAAACUUCUCCGACAGUGGAUUCUGUGAGGCUCAGACACCCGACUGGCCCGUAUACGACACGGGCUGUGCUGCCAGCGUGGAGAGCUGGCUCCUCACCAACAUCUGGGUCAUCCUGGGUAUCUGCCUCGCAGUGGCUUUUAUUGAGCUGCUGGGGAUGAUGCUGUCCAUCUGCCUGUGCAGGAACAUCCACACGGAGUACAGCAAAGUGCCAAAGUACUAAAGAUCAACCAACAACGUCCUUGAACUGAAGAUUCACAGAAACAGAGAGAGUAAACGUGAUGCAUUUUUCCACCCUGUAUUAGGUGAAAUAUUUUGUCCAAAUGUAAAAUACUGUAAUGUGUGUUUGCUUCAUAUUUUGUUGGAUUAUUCUUCUUUUGAGGCACUUCCAUCUGUUUUUUGUCAGCCCAGUUUUCCUUGGAGAACUUUUAGAGACUUUUUUUAGUUUGAACUUUGGAUCAGAGAGCGAUGCUGAAAAAUGUUUUAGAAAUAUUGGAUCUGAGAAAUGAGCUGAGGAAAGUAAGAAAUGAUGGAUGAGGAGGAUACAUGCAGGCUCCCAGGCUCAGAUUACAGUGUUGCUGGUAUCCAUUAAGACUGUUUCUCUGUUAGUUUUCGCUUCAUCGUUUCACAUUUUAGUUUCCCAGAAAAACCUGAAGAGAGAGAUUCAUACAGAUUUGGGAGAUUCUGCACGACAACUGAUUUGGACAACUGGAAAAUCCACAGAGUGUGGUGUGUGUGUGUUUUUUGUUGUUUGUUUUUUUUUUGUUUUUUUUUUAUUUUUAUACACCAGCGUUUUUGAGUUAUUGUGAAAAGUUUUUAGUACUUUGUAUAUAAUUUUAGUCAUUAUUUGUGUGAAUUUGAAUCAAAAAAAAAAAAAAAAAUACUGCCAGUGUUUUCUUUAGACGCUGGUCUGUCCUUGAAUUUUAAAAAGUUCUUUUCUUUUCAUGCUUUCUUAAUUUUGAAAGGAUUUUGUUUUGGAAAUAAUGGAAAUAAUGAGGUACUAAAGAAAAAAACCUUUAUGACUCCAAAAGUACCACUCCCAGUUUACAAUUGUCUUUGAUGACAAGCAGAAACAAGACUUCUUUUUAAAGAUAGCUUUAAGUUCAUCUACAAGCCCAUAUUCUACCUAGUUUAACCUAAAAGAACAAGUGUUUGAGCAGUGAAAUGUUUCUUUUAACCACUUUUGAAAUAUGUGAACUUUGAAUAUGAGGAAAGGGAAAGAAUAGAUUUUAAGUUCUAUUUUGGAGCAGAGGAAAUAUUUUUGGGGAGAUCCAUCCUGGAAGUGAAAUUUGUUUAUAAAAAAAUCAUUUAAAAUUCAUUUAUGUGAAAUUUUAACUUUCAGCCAAGAUCUUGUGUUGUUUUUAAGAAUGUACAAAUACACCACUCUGUUUCCUUUUUAUGUACAGUCUGUAUGAAAAACAUUCACUUAACCUUAUAAUGGUUCCUAAGACAGAAAAGGACGUCUGUUUAUAACUAGAUGGACUUCUGGUAGCUAGCUGGAUUAGUAAGUGUGUACUCACAACAUUCAUUCUGUUUCAUUUUGCCAAUAAACUGAUUACAAUA